AUGUCCGAGAAGCCACAAUCAUCCAACCCAGCCGACGAGAUCACACCAGAAAGUCGACAGAACGGCCAGUCAAGCCAAGACAUGUCCAAGGAAAAGGUGCUUCUGGCGCCAGAGGAGGGUGGAAAUUCAAAGAAGGGUAGGAGCUUGCUGCAUGUACCGUCCCGGUCUUCCUCGCAGCGCAAUCAAUCCUCUCCCACGUCGACGGGGCUGAGCGGAGCAACAGUCAGCGACUCGAGAAACAGCAUCGGCGGACGCUCCAAGGAGUCCAAGGGUAGCAUUCUAGGGCGGCAUCGAAAUGGCAGCGUCGGAAGCCACCGAUCCGGCAUCGAAACCGAACCGACCAACACCCCUGGCAACACCCAACCGAACUCUCCCGUGAACCCCCCGCAGAAGAAGAAGAAGGGCGGACUGUUCGCCCUGUUUGGAUGCUGCGGAGUCCCCGACAACGCCAACGCGAUUGAGAACGGCGACGACGCCGUCCACAAGCUCGACAAGCUGCCUGCGAGGCCCACGACUGCCAAGUCCCGACAGCCGACCCCACAGGAGCAACAGCAGCCGUCAUCAUCCAACAGGCCCCAAAUCCAGGAAAAACAACCCCAGCCCGAGCUACCAAUGACCGUAAACGACGCAAAAGGCAAGCGUGUCUCCGGCGCGACCACGGCCGAUGACACCACCGUUGGCGGCGAUGCUGGAGAUUCCAAACAGACGGCUGCCACCGGCGCUGCCACGAGCAGUGCCGCCGCGCCCGCCAUCACGGUUGAGUCGGCCACUGGCCAGAAGACGGAGGAGGCGCCAGUGCAGGAUACGAUGUACAGGAAGGACGCAGAGGGAGACGAGGCGAUGCCGGAUGCGACGCCCGAGGCCGAAGAGAGACAGCAAAUCCCGCCCCCGGUAGAAGAUGCGCCGACUAGCCAGCAACUGCCGCCGCCUCCACCUGGACCAGCCCCGAACGCAUCGGCACCCGUCGACACCGCUUCUGAGCCCGAGCAGAAGUUCCUGUUGCCCCCCAUUGCGCCCGAGUUCAAGGGCAGGAAAUGCCUUGUUCUCGAUCUGGAUGAGACACUGGUCCACAGUUCUUUCAAGAUCCUUCAUCAAGCCGAUUUCACCAUCCCCGUGGAAAUCGAGGGCAACUAUCAUAAUGUGUACGUUAUUAAAAGACCUGGUGUCGAUCAAUUCAUGAAGCGCGUGGGUGAGCUCUACGAAGUGGUGGUUUUCACCGCGUCCGUCUCCAAGUACGGCGACCCGCUCCUGGAUCAGCUCGACAUCCACAAAGUCGUUCACCACAGGCUCUUCCGUGAGAGCUGCUACAACCACCAAGGAAACUACGUCAAGGAUCUUUCCCAGGUGGGAAGAGACCUGAAGGACACCAUCAUCAUCGACAACUCUCCCACUUCGUACAUCUUCCACCCCCAGCACGCCGUUCCCAUCAGCAGUUGGUUCUCGGACGCCCACGACAACGAGCUGCUGGACUUGAUUCCCGUUCUAGAAGACCUUGCAAAGUCGGAUGUCCAGGACGUCAGCCUGGUUCUCGACGUUACACUUUGA